AUGAGCCAGGGCGAGAGCCCCCAUAUGGGCGACCAGGGCCAGGGCAAUGCGAAAGGCCGUCGUGAGCUGAGCACCUCAAAGCGUGCUGCCCAGAAUCGCGCUGCCCAGCGUGCCUUCCGCCAGCGCAAAGAAGAGUACAUCAAGCAGCUCAAAGACCAGGUCAAAGAGUUCGAGCAGCUAUGCGAGCUUUACAAGACCCUCCAGACAGAGAACUACCAGCUCCGCGACUACAUCAUCAACCUGCAGUCCCGACUCCUCGAGACCCAGGGCGAGGUACCUCCGGCUCCGGCCGGCGUCGAUCUUUCGCGUCACGGCGAAGCUCCCAAUCCCAAUCUGAAUCAAGCCUCGACGCAGCCCCAGCCCGACCAGCAAGUGCAACCACAGCAAAAUGCGAACAAUAACAGUAACAAUGGUGGUCUCUCAGAUAGGCAGAUUGGCGAGCUCCAGAUGGCCGCUCAAGCAGCCGCCGCUGCGCAGCAUGGCGGUCCGUCUUUAAGUAAUGGCAAGCAUCUCAACGAUGGCUCGACUUUCUCAGGGGACUAUGCGGACAAGCGCCAGAAGACCGGAGACUCUCCCGCUUCAGGUCAGCAUUUCCAGUCACCGUAUCCCAAUCCUUACGCUUAG